GCAGUGGUGCCCAGUUGCUCAGUCUCUCAGUUUCAGCUCGAAUAGGCUGUCGUAUUCUAGCUUCAUGUUUUGUCUCCUUUUAUUAUACACCUUUGGGUAAUCGUAGGAAUAAUUGUUUUUCUUUGCAUAGAUUAGAAUACAUUUUUGGCACCUUUCCCCCCUCCAGCGGCCAUUAGGUAGGUUAUAUACUUCUUUAUUUGGUGGCUCUUUUGCACAGCAGUGAUAGUAACACUCUUUUAUCCUCCCUAUAUUGUUAUUCGUUAUUCUCUCUUCUUCAUUUAUCCUCUGCCAUCCUUCUCCGCUUCUCGUCAUCUUGCUCACUUUUUUCCCCUCGCACGCACAUACGCAGAGAGAGAGAGAGAGAGAGAGAGAGAGAGAGCAGCACGCAGUUGGUGGACUCAUUGCGGAGGACAGAACACGAGAGAGCAUCUUCUCCGUGACACGGAAUUUAACAGCAUUUUCUAGCUUCACGAAGGUGCACGUGCGCGUGUGUGAGAGAGUGUGGGUGUGUGUUUUUUUUGGAAAUCGGAGUUUCUUUUUUGUACACAAAGCCUAAUUUCGUGCUCCAGAUGAAAGCACGAGCUGUGAGGAAAUGAUGUUCAAAAGCGCUCUCCAAGCGGGUUCCGUCCCAUGCGUGCAGCGGAAUACCAAGCAAUAACGCAUUCUGUGAAAUUGAUGAAGAGGAAAAGAAAAAACCCACCACAUACGUUUAGACGAUUAUACAUCUUGAUUUAAGAGGAAAAACUAUUCCAUUCACAAGCAAUUGGAUGAGAGUCAUAUUUGCCCUUGGCAACUGAAGAUGACGUUACUAUGGAAAUGGCUAGUGCUGCUAUCAAUCACUGGCUGCCUUGCAGCUUAUGCAGAAGACGCAUUGUUUCAUGGUCCGAGGUGGAGAACAGAGCCCAGUGACCUGAUUCUCCCAAUCCACUCCCCAAAGCAGGAGGCUGUGCUUACAUGCGAGGCUUCGGGCAUCCCUCUUCCACAGUACAGAUGGUCUCUGAACGGGACGCUCAUUGAUCUCGACGGUGACGAGAGGCGUCAUGUGUCUGGAGGAAACCUGAUUAUCAACACUCUGGACCGAGACCAAGAUGCAGGCGUGUACCAGUGCUCUGCCUCCAAUGCCCGAGGAAUCAUCCUGAGUCACAGAGCCACUGUGCAGUUUGCUUAUCUAGAGAACUUCAAAACGCAGCCAAGAAGUGCUGUGAAUGUGAGGGAAGGCCAAGGUGUCGUUCUGUUAUGUGGAACCCCGAUGCAUUCUGGAGAACUUACUUUCGCUUGGGUCUUCAACGAGUACCCAAAUUUUGUCCAGCAAGAUGGCCGGCUCUUCGUGUCACAGGAGACUGGAAACCUGUAUAUCGCAAAAGUGGAACCGUCAGAUGUGGGCAACUACACGUGUGUCGUCAACAACAGCAUCACCAAGGAGAAAGUACUCAGUUCACCCACUCCUCUGGUGCUGAGAAACGACGGUGCAAUGGGAGAAUACGAGCCCAAAAUAGAAGUUCAUUUCCCAGACACUGUGCCUGCUGCGAAAGGAUCGUCUGUGAGACUCGAAUGCUUCGCCCUGGGGAACCCAGUACCUAAAAUCAGCUGGAGACGAACCAAUGACGUGCCAUUCCCAAGUAAAGUCAAACUGAGUAACUCCAACGCUGUGCUGGAGAUUCCCCGAUUCCAGCAGGAGGACACAGGAACGUACGAGUGCAUUGCAGAGAACAGUCGAGGAAAGAACGCAGUAAAAGGCCGUCUCUCUUUUCAUGCCAAACCACACUGGCUGCAGACCAUGACGGCCACAGCCUUGUCCAUUGAGGAGAACUUAUUUUGGGAAUGCAAAGCCAAUGGGAAGCCCAAACCUUCAUACAGUUGGCUGAAGAACGGAGAAACGCUUAUGUCUGAGGGCCGAGUGCUGAUGGAGAACGGCGCUCUCACCAUCUCCUCGCUGACCCUGUCUGAUGGAGGGAUGUAUCAAUGUGUUGCGGAGAACAAACAUGGCAUCAUUUAUACCAGUGCCGAACUGGUAGUACUAGCAUCACCACCCAGUUUUGCAGAGAACCCCCUGAGGAACGUGCUGAAGGUCCGUGCUGGUGGUGAGGUGACUUUGGAUUGCAGACCACAAGCUUCUCCCAAAGCUGUCAGCUUGUGGAAGAGAGGGAAUGAGCUGAUCCAAAAAAAUGAAAGAUUCUCUGUCUUCCCCAACGGAACACUAAAGAUUGCCAAUGUGACUAAGCAAGACGGAGGCAUUUACACGUGCAUUGCCAGAAACCAGUUUGGCAGCUCAAGUACAGCAGGCCGCCUGCUGAUCACGGAGCCGAGCAGGAUCACACAAGGGCCCAGCAGCAUGGAGAUUAUGGUGGGCGAGAGCAUCGUGCUGCCCUGCCAGGUAACCGUGGAUCCGGCGCUGGACGUGAGCUUCUCCUGGGCCUUUAACGGCCAGCUUAUCGACUUCGAGCACGACUCGGAGCACUUUGAGAGAGUCGGCGGAAAGUUUGCCGGGGACCUCAUGAUUCGCAAUAUUCAACUUAACCAUGCGGGGAAGUAUGUCUGCAUUAUUGAUACAGAUGUGGAGAGCUUGUCUGCGGAUGCAGUCCUGAUUGUGGAAGGUCCACCCGGUCCCCCAGACAGAGUGAUGGUGGAGGAGAUUACAGAUUGCACAGCACAGCUCUCCUGGAGCCCUGGCAGAGACAAUGGCAGCCCCAUCACUGGUUAUGUCGUCCAGGCCAGGACACCUUUCACCGUGGGUUGGCAGGCUGUGGACACAGUUCCGGAGGUCAUCAACGGCAACACGCUGACUGCUACAGUGGUGGAUCUGAAUGCCUGGGUAGAGUACGAGUUCAGGGUGUUGGCCAGCAACAGUGUGGGAAUGGGAGAACCAAGCCCUCCCUCUGCCAAAACAAGGACUGAAGAUGCUGUUCCUGAUACAGCUCCCACUGAUGUAGGAGGAGGGGGAGGCACCAAGUCAGAAUUAGUGAUAACAUGGGAGCCAGUCCCAGAGGAGCUACAGAAUGGAGAAGGUUUUGGUUACAUCAUCGCCUUCCGACCGAUGGGCAUGGUCACCUGGACCCGGGCAGUGAUAUCCUCACCCAUCGUGUCGCGCUAUGUUUUCCGUAAUGACACCAUACCACCGUUCUCGCCCUUUGCUGUCAAAGUGGGUGCUUUUAAUAACCGUGGUGAAGGACCCUUCAGCUCCAUCGUCACGGUGUUCUCAGCAGAGGAAGUGCCGAGCAUAGCACCUGAGAGAGUUGUGGCUAGAAGCCUCUCCGCCUCCGACAUCGAAGUCAGCUGGGAAGCGGUACGGUCGAGUCCUGAGAGAGUGCUCGGCUAUGAGGUGGUGUACUGGGAAGACGACACCAAGCCAGAAACUGUAGGUAAAAUGAGAAUCAGCAACAACUCCACUGCGGUCAAUGUUAGCGGUCUUCAGGGCAACACACUGUACUAUUUAGCUGUGAGCGCCUUCAAUACUGCGGGAAGCGGCCCUCAGUCUCUGCCUGUUAAUGCUACCACUAAGAAACCACCUCCAGGGCAGCCACCACAAAACGUGGAGUGGACUCUGAUAGGCUCACAGCUCACACUGCAGUGGGACCCAGUCAUAGCUCUGGAUACCGAGGCUGAGGUCACUGGAUAUGUGAUUAUGUACAGACGCCACCGCAAUAACGACUUGUACACAAUCACCACCAACAAAACCACAGUGGAGCUGACACUUUCUCCCAAUGAUAACUACGUGGUUCAGAUCAAGAGCCUGAGUGAGGGUGGCCUCGGAGAAGGAAGUGAACCCAUCCAUAUUCACCAACUUAGUAUGGGAGCCCAAGGAUCUGGAACAGGAAGACUAGACAGCCUCAUGCUUUCUCGUCUCCUCAUAACUACACUAGUGGCCCUUAACACCUCCUGAAGGUUUUUCUCUUGUGAGCAGCAUCUCCACCUGACACCAAUCUCUUUCACUCUCUCUUUCUGCCUUGCUCUUACUCUCUCUCUCUCUUUCUCUCUCUCUCUCUCUCUCUCUCACACACACACACACACACACACUCACACACACACUUCAUGCUCUUAACCCGUCCCUUGUUAUUGCCACCCAUCUCUGUCUGGCUUAAUAGGAUUGCCCCAUAUAUGUGUGUCACUGACACUGCAGGAUAUUGGAAUGUCAAACAAAUAAUGAAAGGAUUUGUCAAGAUGGAAACAUGUCAGAAUAACAUAGAAAAGUGAUCACCGCUGCUAGAACGACGACAUAAUUGUUAUGCAUGAUCAUACAGGAGCUGACCAAUUUGAGUUAGAUGGCACAAAAAUACUUUCCAUUCUCUCUCUCUCUCUCUCUCUCUCUCUCUCUCUCUGUUCUGUUGCUUUUUUUAUGUUAACCUCCUCCACAUUUGGGUUCUUGAAAGCAAUCAAUGCCUUAAGGCCAUUUACAUACCAAAGUGAAGAACAAAACAGAUCAGAGAGUGUUGUUUCAGCCUCUAAUCGAAUACACAUAGUUUUCAGGCAUUAGGGUCAUCUGUGGUUAGAUUCUGCUAUGAAUAAUUCGAUUGUUCUCUCUUUAAUGUCAUUACUUCCCUCUGUGAGACUUUUUAUUUCUUUUGAAAAUGUAAAUGUAACUGGCUACAUUCUGAGAUUUUGUUCAAAGCAGAAAUGACUUUUUCUUCUUUAAUUUAUUUUUUUUCCAUAUCAAUACACUGGCACAAAUGUGGUCACAGUCUUUGUGUAAAACCUUUCAGCAGGCUGUUCUGUGUUAAUCUGCAGCCAGAACCACAGUGGUAACUGAGUGAUGCUAUCAAACGAGAAAACAGACGACAGAAGUCACCUUAAACCUUAGAUGUGUUUUGCAUUCUCUUUCUACUUGCGUUACUGCUUGUAUGAAGGAGCCACUGUUCUUUGGAAACGGAAACCUAGGUUAGAAAGCAGCCCUAUUAUCAUUUAAAGAUCCUUCUUUUUUAUCCAACAUCCUCCACAUUCCCAUUACUCCAUUGUGGAAUGUUAUUAGCUCUCUAAGAGAUCUGUCGGUUCCCGAGCAAGAGAAACUGCUCCUCUGGCCCUUUGAUGGGAUAUAGCAUUUUGUUCUUUUCCUCACGCUUGUUAAAUAAUGGAUGGCUCAUGCAUUAGGCAUUCUGCAGAGUUAAGGCCAGAAUAUGCGAUAUACUCGUUAAGUGGCAAUGUAGGCUUCACAAGCAAUUUCCUCUCCAGCUUUCUAUGUGCUACCAGUCCUGCUAUAUCCACUAUCAACCAACCUGGGAGUCAGAAAGUGGGUUAAUGAAAUUGGCAACCUAUUGUUUCAGUUCUGUACGAGAGCAUCGGAUAAACCCAGUGCCUUGAUGAAUGGCAACCUAUUAAGUCUCCUGCAGGAAGGGACAGUUCUUCAUUAGUUAUAUAUUUGGUAAAUAAGCUUUAAGCAAAAGAUUAGGUUUGUGACAAGACUUGGUGUGAAUCAGAUUUGAUGUUAAACAUUUUAUAGCUCGGAAGGCAUUUUUGAUGGAUGUCACCAAGGUAAAAGCCAAAUUGCAAAGAAAGCCUACGUGGAGAUUUGACUCAUAUUCUGAGGUCAUCUGAGGGUGAAAGCACACGUCCACGCCCAAAAGAUUAUUCCAGUUCCAUAAUCAUGGUACUUUGUGGCUAAUGCGGUUAUAUAGAGAUGAAUGGUGUGCCAGAAUAGGAAAUGAUUAGUGCAGAAAUCUGUGCGUAUAAUGGGUGUUUUUUUUUCUUCCCCAUCAGUCCUAAUGAUAGUUCUUGAGAUGUAAUGAUAGUCCUAAGGAUGCUGUUACUAAAACAGUGUUAAUGUUGAGUCGUUCAUUAAUAAUGUCAUAAUAUAGGUCAGCACAGUGGUGUAGCAGAUACACUGCAAAAAAAAGAAGAAGAAAUCUUAGCAAGUGCCAAUAUAUUGAAUAUGUUCAAAUGUAUCUAAUAGUUCUUAAUAUAAGAUUAAUCGAAAUCAAAUUCUAAAUGCAUUAGCAUGUUUUACAUGCUGUUUCUCAUUUCAAGCGUUACAUUUCCUUAUUCUAUUCUAGCAGAUCACUAUGUUGUUUUUUUUUUAAAUAUUUAAAAUUAGAAAAAAAAUAUUUAUUUGCCAAUAGUACAAGCUGAUGUCAAGAUGUCAAAAAAUGAUUUUAUUAAUCUUUUAUUCGGUUUUUAUCAUUUUACAUUAGGAAAUGUUAGACACAUUUGACUAUAUUCAAGAUAUUUUCACUUGUUAAGAUUUCACUUGCUAAGACAGGUUGGUGUCCCAGUCCAGAGUGCACCUAGUGUUCCUGCGAGAAGUUGCUGUAAACGCACAAACAAAUGAGCUAGCAGGCACACAAACUAACAAAAACAUGUCAAGUUAGCCAAGUUAGCAAGUGGGAGGAGUUUGAGGAGAUGUAUGCUGUGAGCUUUUGUUGGUGUACAAAAAUGCCCAAACUGCCCAAACCUUUCUUGUGACCAAGAUCAGUUGUUUUUCAGCACAGACAUCAUGAUCCUGUGUGUUUAUCCCCUUUAAACUUAAAGAUAAUACAUAGAAGUAACUGAAUAAAAUGGAAUAAUAUCCUGGUUAACCAUAGGCCCAUAGGCAAUAUUAAAUUUACUCUAUUUCUAUCUAUCGGUUCCUAUUCUAAUACGAGAAUUUCAUCAUCGCCAUCAUCAUAUUCAGGACAAGCUUCAGCUUUAUCAUACAUCCUAACUUUAUUAUAGCAUAGCACACUAUCUGUGUAACAUUUAUUCUUUGAAAUAUCUCACUAGUUUCGAGAAAUGGAAUAUAGAGGUAGUGACAAUCACUGAUGUCCAUGAUAAAAAAAGACCAUCGUGCUGAAUAAUCAGUAAGUGUCUAGACGGCAGCUGAUGAGCUGGAAAACACUCCCAUCAGUCGUAUUCAUUUGGUUUGAGAGGCAUAUCAUGUCGGCUCUUUUUCCUGGUGACCUUUUGAUUAGAAAGGUGAGGGAUCAGCUGACCAGCUGUAAGAACCGUGCCUUGGCCAGACGGUUUUGUGCCUGCUUCAUCGCACCGGCGUAUGCUCUUUCUCAAAGUCCUGAGUAAGCACAACAAAGUGAACCAAGGUGACGAGGAACCUUGGCACUACUCGGCAAGAGCAGGCGUGGCACGUGGCCGUAGUGGUCCGUUCGAAAAACAAAUCCAAUCUGGAGAGCCUAUCUGCUCCCUUUCAUGAAGGUCCAGGCCUCGGUGAUUAGGCUACACCGGGCCACUCAAUGAGAUAUUGAUUUUUCUGCUCUGCUACUGAGGCUGUCACAAUGCAGACUAUUUGAUUGACUGAUGCCAGCUUUCCUGCCUCCUCUCUCGCACUGAGGUUUUGCAGUGUCCUUGCAUAUCCUCCCAAGGCUUAGAUAAAGUAACCCGGAAACUGAAACAAAAGGAGGCCCUUGAAAAUAGUUUUGUUUCUUGAUUUCUUAUUUUAUUUAUUUAUCUUUCUUUCACGUCUUUAUUUCCAAUAGGAAAUCAUUUUACCGUGAUUUUAUGAAUAAUACUCUUGUAUCCUUGUUUUUUUUUACUAAUAUGUGCUGAUGAAUCGAAAACCUUUUUUUUUUUUCUUUUUUUUUUCUUGGUGUAGUUACUAUCUAGGAUUUUGUGUAAAUGAACAUACUUUUAAUACAGUAUCUGCGUCUAGACAUAUCAAUUCACAAAGAAUCGUUGCUGUGAUUUUUUUUUUUAGACUCAUUUUAGGAUUGUGCAGUCUGUUUCUAAAAUAGUGUACAUUUAUAUGGAAUAAUUUUAUGGCCCUGAGUAAAUCUACAAAUUUGUCUGUUCUAUUUAAAAAGUAGAAACCUUUUCAGUAUCAGUAUUCUUUAAAACACUAAUACAGUACAUUUAUGAAUAAUCUUGACCAGUAUUUUUUUUCUCCCCACAAUGUAAAUAGUAACAGUAUAUUUUUAAAUUUGGUCAGUAAAGAUAAUCUAGUAAUAAUUUUUUUUUUUACACAACAGUUGGCCAUGAAAUUUAAUACUGAUGUAUUGAUUCAUAAUCUCUGUGAGAUGACUUGCCUAUAAUAUUAAUAUUUUCACAUUGAAAAGUAACUGUUUUUGCCUUGUAUACCUAAACUGUGCAUGUGGGAAAAUUGUUUGGUGCAUAUGUAUUGAAUUUUAUAAACCUGUAACUUAAUAAAAAUAUUCAAAGACAAA